AUGGAUUGGGAAAAUCUAUUUGCAAAUUUAUUCAACGAAACUAAAUACGAAGGUGAUUAUCGAUUACUACCAAUAAUAGUAGAGGAUACAAUGGCACUGAAACAUCAAUGUGCUUUACAUGAGAUUGAAAUGUCCACAAGUUCUGGAAGAAGUGCACUUCAUAAUAUGGCCGUUAUGGAAUUAUUAUUACCGCUGUCGAAUUUCAUUUUUACUAAACAAGAUAAAUUAGUACCAGUGGAUAACGAAGCGGACUCAGAUCUGAACCCAAAAUACUCAGAGUUCUGUGUUGAACGCUUGAUGGAAGUCUUUCCUUGGACAAUUGAAAAACACUAUCUUGCUCAACGCAUAAAAGACAGUCACCGAAAUGAGGUGUUCGAUAUCGUCAAAGAAAUAAAGGAAACUCUGUAUAGUUCCGUGGGAGAAGUUACUUGGUUGAAUAAGAGAACGAAGAAAUUUGCUAUAGAUAAGAUUUCAAAUAUCACCGUCUUCGCUUCGUCCUACGACUUCAACACGUCAGAGUUUAAAGAGAAUUUAUCUCUGAUAUAUAAAUAUCCAAUACACGAGGACACUUACAUCGUGAAUGAAUAUUUUGCCCGGAAGGCCAAAUAUUUGGACAAUUCGAGAGGUUUUCUACUCGGUAUCCCUCAUGAAUUGGAACAUUUUACGGCAAGUCACAAAGCCGAAGCCUUCUAUUUCCCCAAUCGUAAUCGCAUUCACAUUCAUGCAGCAUUGCUCAAUCCACCAUAUUAUUCAAACGGGAAAGAGGAUUCAGUGAAAUACGGAGGAUUAGGUUGGAUUAUUGCUCAUGAACUGUUACAUGCAGUCGACACAACAGGUUUACUGGUGGAUGAGAAAGGUGAAGACUUACCAUCCAGUAUAUCCUAUGAAGGAUUUCUUGAAAUCUUGAAGCAAACAGAAUGUAUGCGUAAACGUCAUAGAAAUUACAAAUACACAAGUGAAAAGAGUGGAGGUGUUAGGACGCAAGGUGAAAUCAUAUCUGAUCAUGGCGGUUUGAAGGCAGCAUACAAAACAUAUCAAAGAUUGAAGAAAAACCCUCCACAAGAUGUUAAUGAAAACUCGAACUCACCUUACACUUCUGAUCAAUUAUUUUUCCUCACAUUUGCUCAGACUCUUUGUGGAUACUAUAGUGACAAGGGAUUACUGGAACAAGCCAGAGAAGAUGUACACGUUCUGCAUUAUUAUAGGUAG